GUCCUUCCGGUCGCUUUCCGGUCCGCCUCUGUUGUUGUGGGUCGGAUCUCCGCCGCUCGUCGCUCGGCUUCAGCCUCCGGGGAUGUAGCCGCUGGAGUCGGUGGAUGAUCCCGACGCGUCCUCCUCGGACCGGUACCGACCCGAACAGAACCGCUCCGGUCUCAGCUGACAACUUAGUGAUGGACCUGUACGGGUUGGGCGGGUUCGUGCUGGUGAAGCGGGUCCCGGACCGCGGUUCGGUGGACGGGUCCAACAUGUCGGACAUCGGUGAGGCCAGUCCUCACGGCUGUGAUGACGGCGCCCUGACGGACCGGUUCGGGGUUCUGAUCCAGGCUCUGCUGGCUGUGGUGGCCUUCAGCACGCUGAUGGUGAAAAGGUGGCGGGAGCCGGUGGGCAUCAGACGGCCGUGGAGGAUCUGGUUCUUCGACACGUCCAAACAGGCCAUCGGCGCUCUGUUCAUCCACUUCGCCAACGUCUUCCUGUCCACACUGACCAAGGAGGACCCGUGCUCUCUGUAUCUGAUGAACUUCCUGCUGGACGCGACGCUGGGAAUGCUCUUCAUCUGGGCGGCGGUGAAGUUGGUGUCCAGGCUGGUGGAGCAGAAGCAGUGGAGUUUGCUUUCAUUUGGAGAAUACGGUGACCCCCCCCAGGCGGCGGCAUGGCUCGGUCAGUGCGCCGUCUACCUGCUCAUCAUGGUGCUGGAGAAAGGUGUGGUCAGCCUGGUGCUGCUCAUCCCCGGAUGGUCCAAACUGCAGGAGGUCCUGCUGAGCUACAUCGCUAACCCCCAGCUGGAGCUGGCGCUGGUCAUGCUCAUCGUGCCCUUCAUCGUCAACGCCAUCAUGUUCUGGGUGGUGGACAGUCUGACCAUGAGGAGGUACAAGACCGGCCUGGACGACGCCUGCGGCCCCUCCAAGGACAAGGCUGGGUCUGUGCCAGCAGGGGGCAGCGGUGAGGAGUCACAGGUCCUGUUGGCGGUGGAGACGGACACGGACGAGGCUUCGGAGGACGAGGACGAGGAGCAGCAGGUCCAUGUUCAGUAUUCAGGAGGACCUCUGAGGCCCAGCUGGGUGGUGGUGUAGACCCAGGUGACCCGUCCUCUCCCCCCCCUCCUAGGUCCACCUCAGGUCUGGUUCUUUGCAGAUAAAAGCAGCUUCACCGUCAGAGACCGUCUCCUGCCAUCUGUGGGACUUUAGGCGAAGUGAACCGGUUCUAACAUCAUUCUAAACAGAAAAAAAGGCUCUUUAUGAGUUUCUCUGUAAGAAUCGGACCACUUCAGAACCGCCUACUUGUUGAGAUGUAAUUAAAAGGCUCCCUGCACGUUUCCCCUCUGCCCUGCAUGCCUCAGUCUGAGGGAGGAUCGUUUUUAUUAUUAUUAUUAAAUAAAUAAAACCCGCUUCAGUUGUUCUGGACCAGGCCGACCAAUCAGGUCACACCUCAGAGUUUUAAAGGAAGUGGAGCUGUUUUCUCAGCCCAGUAGGGGGCACUGAAGAGCAGCAGCGGGUUUUAUUUUCUACUAAUUGACAAUUAUGAACUAUUGUUGCCAUGUAAUCAUUCCUUUGGGAGGCUUUUCUACCUUUCAUCCUGCUGGAGGUGCAGGACAGUGGCUGCAGCGCCACCUGGCUGCACCAACUGCACAUCACAGUCGCAUAAAUGCGUUAAAUUAAAAUCACUAAUUGUUGUAGUUGAUCUUCUUCACUAAUGUUUUAACCUGAGUCGAGCUUAAUUGAUAU